AUGAAUCUGAACAGCCACUUGAUGAAGGAAGUUUGUGAGCAAUUUAAAAUUGUUCAUCGUCAUUCAACCCCUUAUCGUUCCAAAGCAAAUGGGGCUGUUGAAGCUGCGAAUAAUAACAUCAAGAAGAUUAUUAGGAAAAUGGUGCAAGGAUCUAGACAGUGGCAUAAGAAAUUACCCUUCGCUCUUAUGGGAUAUCGCACGAAUGUUCGUACGUCAGUCGGUGCAUCUCCUUACUUAUUGGUUUACGGAACUGAGGCUGUCAUACCCGCAGAAGUUGAAAUCCCUUCUCUUCGAAACAUUGUUGAAGCAGAAAUCGAGGAUACAGAAUGGGUUAAAUCGAUAAGAGGAUGGAUCGGGCAUAUAAUAAGAGUACGCCCAGGAAAUUUUGAAGUGGGUCAACUUGUUUUGAAACGUAUCCUUCCCCACCAAGACGAGGCCAAGGGAAAUUUUGCUCCGAAUUGGCAAGGCCCUUAUGUUAUUAAGCAAGUGUUAUCCAAAGGAGCUUUGAAAUUGGCGGAUAUGGAGGGAAAGGCAAUUGACACGAUUGUCAAUGCAGAUUCGAUCAAGAGAUACUACAUUUAG